AUGGAGAAAACGUCAACGAACCGCCAAGGUAGAGGAGUCCCUGGGACUUCCGUAGCCGGGAGCAGCUAUACUCCUCCGAAAGCCCUACUGGAAGGGCUGAUCCAGAGUUACCGCGACACGGAUGACCCCGAUCAAUUGGAACAGCUUAUCCAGACUGCACGGCAAAUCUUGGAGGCAUCGGUCAAAGCCGAUGCAAAGCUAUUACACACGCUGGCUUGGGCUUUGUACAUGAGGUACAAGGAUGUGGUUGACAAUUUUGGUGAUCUUGACGAAGCGACGAACCUCGAACGCAGGGCAGUCGAAUCUUCACCCUCAGAUUCCACAGACCGCCAGAGGUUUUCGUACUGGUUAGCACUGCAGUUAGGGGAUUGUUUCUAUCACACUGGAAACGUGAAUGAUCUAGAUGAAGCUAUCAGAUUGAUCCAGGGGUCGCUAGAAAAUGUCCCCGGCGAAUCCCCCAUGAAAGCCGCACAUCUGGCUAAUCUCGGCAUCUUGAUGAAGGAGAAGUAUUCUGUCCUCGGAGUCGAAGGCGACUUUGAAGGUGCCCGUGAAAGCUUAGAAACAGCUGUCGCAUCAUCUUCAGAAGAUCACAAUACUAUUGCGACCUGGCUUGAGAAAUUAGCGGACUUGUACGAUGUAAAGCACGGCAAAUUAGGGAGGCUAGAGGACCUCGAAACUGUUUGUCGCCUGCGAAGAGACUCGCUAUCGGCGACGGCAGACGAUCGAGAACGAGAUAAACUAGCUCGGCAGAUUCAACUAGCAAGGACGCUCUACGAGCUUUUUGAAGAGACGAGGACUCUGAGCGAGCUACGGGAAUCUAUCAGACUAACUCGAGAAGCCGUGGCUGCGACGCCAGAAGACGACCCUGAGUGGUUGGAUCGACUACGAAAGCUUAACGUUACCAUAUACGUUCUGUACCACGAGACGGGCGACUUGGAGGAUCUCGAAGAGGCAAUUCAUGUCGUGAAGCGAUAUCUUGAGAAAGCUAGUAAAGAUCAUCUUCGUUGGUCAGAACAGCUCAGCAACUACUCUAACUACCUCGAUUCUCUUCAUAGUAGGACUGGGGACUUGGCUCAUCUCGAUGAGGCUGUCGAACUUGGUAGGAAGAGCUUGAAAGACAUACCAAAGAACUCUCCCAACCUUAGAAUUGUUUUAGGUAACCUUUCGAUAGCACUCUCGAGAAGAUCAAUGAUAAGAGGCUCCAUGGUGGACCUGGAAGAAGCUGUUUCCUAUGCCAGAACUGCGUUAGAUGUAACACCUGAUGAUCAUUCGUCGAGACAUAUCCAGCUGCAUAACCUAGGUUCCAUACUUCUGAAGAGGUUCUCGAGGAAUCAAGAGAAUGAAUCGGAUCUGAACCAAGGAAUCGCGCUCUUGAGGGAAGCUUUGACUUCUAUCUCCAGCACUAAUCCUGAGAUUGAGAGCAUACUAUCCCGCCUAGCUUCAGCUCUUGACACGAGACACGAUAAGCUAGGGUCCUCGGAAGAUCUCGAAGAAGGUAUCGAAGUUGCUAGGAAAGCCAUUUCUGCAAUGGUAAAUCCGUACACUGAGCGGCCCACUUCAAUCAGUACCUUGGCAGCUCUCCUAAAGAAGCGGUUCAAAGUUGGAGGCCCCAUGGAUGACAUAACUGAAGCAAUCUCGAUCACCCAAAAGACGUUGGAAUCGAUGCCUGAGGACUCUCCAUUCAGGACAGACCUUUGGACCACUCUCGGGGAUCUUUUCGCCGCCAGGUUCAGUAGAACAUGGGUCAGUGGUGACUUGGAUGAGGCAGUGCGCAGCUAUCGGUGUGCGGUGGAACAUCCUACAGGCAAUACCUUAAGGCGCAUAAUUGCUGCAACAUCAGUGAUGCCAUUGUGCGUGAGCCUGCAAGAGGCUUACGAUAUAGGGCGGACGGCCAUUGACCUUGUACCUGGCAUUGCCGCGGCUCGGUCACUCGAAAUCGGUGAUAGACAGCAUCUACUCAGCUUUUCAAGAGGUCUCGCGGCUUCGGUAACAGGUGCUGCUAUUAGGCUUAACAGGGAUCCGUCUGAGGCACUAGCAAUUCUAGAACAAGGACGGGGUAUUUUAGCAUCGUCACUGGAUGAUAUACGAACAGAUAUAAAGAAGCUUCAGCAAGCGUUUCCUCAGUUAGGAGAGAGAUUCCUGCGUCUUCGCGAAGAACUCGAAUCUUCUACUGGUUCGCAGUUGAGUGACGAGCCUAGAGAGGACCGAGGUUUACGACGGCGCAACGCUGCCGAGAGCUUCGAUGAUCUUCUAGAGGAGGUACGAAAAAAGCCUGGAUUUGAGGAUUUUCUCGGUCCUCUCACCACGGAACAGAUAUGUGCUGCAGCUGCUUAUGGUCCCAUCGUGGUCAUCAACAGCAGCUGGAUGGGAUGCGAAGGAAUAGUCAUCGAGCGAGAGCGUAUAACAUCAAUGAUUUUUAAAGAUCUGGACGACGGCGAGUUGAUGGAGCGUGCAGCGGGUUUCGACCUCGGAACCUCUGAUGUGCUUGAGUGGCUUUGGGAUACUAUCACGAGCCGUGUGCUCGAGGUGCUGGGUUUCAAGGAGACACCAUCGGAUCAACAGGAAUGGCCUCACAUUUGGUGGAUACCUACUGGGCCGUUGAGUAGGUUCCCACUUCAUGCAUCUGGACGACAUCGAGAGCGAUCUGGCAACACGGUAAUGGACCGAGUGGUAUCGUCAUAUAGUCCAUCUCUGAGAGCUCUAGUUCACGGACGUCGACAACGUGAAGUUGCUACCGGGCCCAGCCAUGCUCUUUUGAUAGAUGUGGAGCAUACAGAUGCUCACCCUCGUCUACCACAAGCACGAGCAGAGGUAAAGGUGGUUAGUGAGAUCUGCGAGAGUAUGGCCAUAAGGCCCGUUUUGGAUGUUCAGAGCAAACAAGAUGUGCUUUCUUGCCUACGAGACUGCAAGAUAUUCCAUUUUGCAGGACAUGGAUAUACCAACGGCGACGACGCUUCCAAGAGCCAUCUUUGCCUAAGCGACACCAGCGAUCCCCUGACAGUUGGAGAUAUCUUGAAGUUGAACCUGCACGAAAAAUCACCCUUUCUGGCAUAUCUUUCAGCAUGUAGCACCGGACAUGUUCAAGAUGACAAAUUCAUCGACGAGAGCAUACAUCUUAUCAGCGCGUUUCAACUAGCUGGCUUCAGACACGUUAUUGGGACUCUAUGGAAGGUUAGGGAUAAGCACUGCGUUGAUGUCGCGCGAGUUACGUAUGAAGCUAUUAGAGAAGGGGGUAUGACCGACGAUUCUGUUUGUCGCGGGUUGCAUAAAGCCACGAGAAUGUUGAGAGAUGCUUGGCUUGAAAGCUUGGAUAAGAAGAGGGAGUGGCUUGGACAGGGAGAUGAGAAAGGAAUGAGAGAUAUUAUUCCUUAUGAUGAUGGUGAGAGGGACAGAGAUGUGGAGUUUCCGACUUAUUGGGUUCCUUAUGUUCACUUUGGUGUUUAA